GGGGGAUAAGACCACUGUGAAAAAGUCAGGGCACUGGACCGAAGAUGUUUUGAGAGCUCAGGAUUUCAGAGAAACUUCAAACUACUAAAGAUGGAAAACGAGACCGUAAGUGACAUGAACCAAACACAGCUUCAACCUCGAGCAGUGGUGGCCUUAGAAUACCAAGUGGUCACUAUCUUACUUGUGCUCAUUAUUUGUGGUCUGGGCAUCGUGGGCAAUAUCAUGGUGGUCCUGGUGGUCAUGAGAACCAAGCAUAUGAGGACUCCCACAAACUGCUACCUGGUGAGUCUAGCAGUAGCUGAUCUUAUGGUCCUGGUGGCCGCGGGCCUUCCCAACAUAACGGACAGUAUCUACGGUUCCUGGGUCUAUGGCUAUGUUGGAUGCCUCUGCAUUACUUACCUCCAGUACUUGGGCAUUAAUGCAUCCUCUUGUUCAAUAACAGCCUUUACGAUUGAGAGGUACAUAGCAAUCUGUCACCCCAUCAAAGCCCAGUUUAUCUGCACAUUUUCCAGAGCCAAAAAGAUCAUCAUCUUUGUAUGGGCUUUCACAUCCAUUUACUGCAUGCUCUGGUUCUUCUUGCUGGAUCUCAAUAUCAACACCUAUAAAGAUGCAAUUGUGGUGUCCUGUGGCUACAAAGUCUCCAGGAAUUACUAUUCUCCUAUUUAUCUAAUGGACUUUGGUGUCUUUUAUGUUGUGCCAAUGAUCCUGGCCACCGUCCUCUAUGGACUCAUAGCUAGAAUUCUCUUCUUAAAUCCCAUUCCUUCAGUUCCUAAAGAAAACUCUAAGACCUGGAAGAAUGACUCAAUUCAUCAGAACAAGAACUUGAAUUCAAAGACCUCUAAUAGAUGUUUCAACAGCACAGUAUCUUCAAGAAAGCAGGUCACCAAGAUGCUGGCAGUGGUUGUAAUUCUCUUUGCCCUUUUAUGGAUGCCCUACAGGACUCUUGUGGUUGUCAACUCCUUUCUCUCAAGUCCUUUCCAAGAAAAUUGGUUCUUGCUCUUUUGCAGAAUUUGCAUUUAUCUCAACAGUGCCAUUAACCCUGUGAUUUAUAAUCUCAUGUCACAGAAAUUCCGUGCAGCCUUCAGAAAGCUCUGCAACUGCAAACCGAAGCCUAUAGAGAAGCCCACUAAUUACAGCCUGGCCCUAAAUUACAGCGUCAUCAAGGAGUCAGAUCAUUUCAGCACAGAGCUUGAUGAUAUUACUGUCACUGAUACUUAUUUGUCUGCCACAAAAGUGUCUUUUGAUGACACCUGUUUGGCUUCUGAGGUAACCUUUAGUCAAAGUUGACUUACAGAGUAGAAGAAAACUGAUUUUACAGUUAUCUACAAAAGAGAGGAAAGGGUUUCUGUAUGCGAAGACAGAGCAGAUAAAAUCUUUGCCAAUGUUCUAGCA